AUGGGAGACACGUUAACGAGUCAUGCACGACCUUCGACCGAUGCAGUCAUUACCAUUCGAUGCAUCAAAUCAUUUGAAUAUCGCACUUGUAAAAGCCUCGUGUUGCAACAUGUCAAUCUUGAAACCACCACCAUUGGCGAACUCAAAGCACUUGUACGCGAAAACACAAUCAAGUUGUACACAGUGGCGCACGGUCAUAAGACCAUGAAUCUCAUCAUCAAUAUGGAGGAUGACCAAAGCUUAAUAUAUUCGGAUGAUUCCGCUACUUUGGCAUGGCUUGGCCUUGAAAACGAGGCCGAACUUUCUUUCUUCAAUCGGGAGGCAUACGAAACCUUUAAAAAGAACCCGGAUAUGAAGUGGUAA